GGAGGAGGAGGAGGAGGAGGGGACCCGCCGCUGCCACCUCUAAGCAGCCGUCGCCGGGAUUUAUUUAUUCCAAGGCAAAGGCCGGCGAAGGGAGAGAGAGAGAGAGAGAGAGAGAGAGAGAGAGAGAGGCGCAGUCCACGGGAGCCGAGCGAGAGACCUCUCGGAGGAACAGACACAAUCACAACCCUGCCUGCCUGCCUUCCUUAGGACGAGCAUCACAAGCCCAGGGAAAGGGAAACCGAGGGAGAAGCAAAGACACCAGACGCCGAGGGGAAGGAAGGGCUCCUUCCCAAUGCUCGCGUGGGCAAAAGGCUUGUAAAAAGACCCGUGUCCUCCUCAUCCUCACGGAUUUCCGCGGUGGAGCCAUCAUGCCGCGCCAAAGCAUCGCCCUGAUGGUCUUUCUGGAGUAUGUAGUGUCUGGGCAGCUCGGGGCAGAUUCCAUGAAGCUACAAGCCUUCCGUUGUGAUGGCCAUUCCUGCAACCCUGCUGUGGGGAAUCUAGCCACAGGCAGGACACCAGCCACACUCACCACUUGUGGACAAAAUAGCACAGAAUUGUACUGCUUUUACCCUGACCGCCACCUUCUCCAUCCAGCCUCCCAAGGUUGUGGACAGCCCAGGUGCACAAAGUGCAAUGCCAACCAGCCUGAUAAUGCACAUCUCCCUUAUGCCAUGACGGAUGACUUCUUUGUGAACCCAACAUCUUGGUGGCAGUCUGCACAAGGCGUCCAUCGGGAGGAAAUCAGGCUAGACUUGGAAACCGAGUUCUACUUGACUCAUGUCAUUGUUGUGUUCAAGUCUCCUCGGCCAGCAGCCAUGGUGUUGGAGAGGUCCCAGGACUAUGGACAGACAUGGAGGCCUUACAAAUACUUUUCUGUCAACUGCACUGCCACCUUUGGGCUCCCGGAUGACACCACUGAAGAGGGAGCUCUGUGUACAUCUAGGUAUUCAGAUGUGGUGCCUUGUACCAGAGGUGAGGUGAUUUUUCGUGCCUUAACUCCUGCCAACAAAAUUGAAGACCCAUAUAGUCCUGAAGCACAAGAUCUCCUGAAACUCACCAAUUUGCGGCUCUUGCUUUUAAAGAGGCAAGAGUGUCCCUGCCAUGGCCCAGGACUGCUGGAGAAACCCCACCGAUUUGCCCAUUAUGCCAUCUAUGACCUAAUUGUACGUGGCAGCUGCUUUUGUAAUGGCCAUGCAGAAGAGUGCCAGCUCGCCAAUGGGACAGGUGCUGUUGACAAUGUGGUCCACGGGAGGUGCAUGUGCAGACACAACACCGCAGGACACCAUUGUGAGAGAUGUGCACCAUUAUACAAUGACCAGCCAUGGGAGCCAGGCGAUGGAAAAACAGGGGCACCCAAUGAAUGCAGAAAGUGCCGCUGUCACAAUCAUGCCGAUAGCUGCCAUUUUGACCAAAGCGUCUGGCUGGCAUCAAGAAAGAAGAGUGGAGGCAUCUGUGACAACUGCAAGCACAACACAGAAGGCCACCGGUGUCAGAGGUGCAAACCGGGUUUUUACAGAGACAGAGGGAAACCCAUUUCUUCCCCACAGAUUUGCAAACCCUGCUCUUGUCAUCCCAUGGGUACAGUGAGUGACACCUUCAAUCAGAGCUGGAAAUGCCACCCCAAGACAGGAUUCUGUUACUGCAAGGCUGGUGUUGCAGGCCCAAAGUGUGACAGGUGCCUCUUGGGAUACUGGGGCUUUGGAGAACAUGGCUGUCGACCUUGCGAUUGUGCCAGAGACUGUGACAAGCACACUGGAGAGUGUCUCAGUAGUUAUGACAAUCAGGCUUUUUUCAAUAUUCCAAUCGGUGGGAGAAUCCCUGACCUCAUUCAAUCUCCAGCUAAUGAAAGUGACGAUGAGUGGCAGUGGAAUGACAAUGAACAGGGCUUUUCUGCAUUAAGACAUCCAGAAAAGUGUGUGUGCAAAGAGAGGAUACUAGGAAGUGCCAGCAAUUUCUGCCAAAUGAAAUAUGCUUAUGUGAUAAAAGCAAAGAUCCUUUCAGCUCAUGACAAAGGAACUCAUGCUGAAGUCAUUGUGAAGGUCAAGAAGGUUCUGAAAUCUGGCAAAGUGAAAAUCACAAGAAGUAACCGGAGCAUCUAUCCAGAGUCAUGGACCAACAGAGGGUGCACGUGCCCUAUUUUAAACCCUGGUAUAGACUACUUGAUAGCAGGACAGGAAGAUAUACGGACCAACAAGCUCCUCGUGAACAUGAACAGCCUGGUGAAACCUUGGAAAACUCACUGGGGCAAAAUCGUAGCUGACAUGCUUCGAACUGGAUGCAAAUAGUAUCUUCUUUCACAGAGAAAGCCAUGAACUUUACAUGCUAGUACUAUUGCAGUGAAAGGCCUAGUUAGUUUUCUGUCAAUCAAAACAUUCCUGGCUAAGGGGAAUUUAAAAGAAAGACUCCCUUUACUUCUUCCCACUAUGUGCUUUAGAAGGAAAUCUAUGAAAUUACUUUUUCCCCCCAAGAGAUCGAUCUCCAUCUUAUACACACUCAAAGCUCUUCAGUACUGUAUAUCCUUUUGUAUAAGUUCACCUCAAGGGACAGUUUGGGGUUCCAAAAUUGCUGAUUUUACAUCACCUACUGAUAAGUUAAGGUUCAUUCCAUGGAGAAGGGAAAGCACCAGAGUAGCCUAAAUGUAAAACAGUCUGAAGUGGGUCCCUGGUAAAGAGUGGAGGGAAAGGUGCUUCUUUUGGCUUUCAGCACUAUACUCUCAGAAGGGGACAGUUCCCUUUUUUGAUAAAGAGUUCAGGUACAGUACUCGCAGUGACCCAUGGAUAGAUAGACCCAAGUUUUGGGGAUAUUUUUUAAAAAAAACUAAAAUUAGAUUUUUACAUAACUCAAUGCAAUAUUUAGCUGACUGUACAUCUCUCACAGAUGAACUGAUAGCUUCCCUCCAUGGUUUGCCAGAGCUUACACAUAUACCUAAAAUACACUCCAUGUGCGCAGGUUGCAGUCUGACCUGGCUGCUUCCAUGAACCAACCUGAUAUGACUCAACAUGCAGACGUGGCACUGAAGCAUUCCCUUUUGUGAGGCUGCUCUCUUGAAGUAGCCCUGAGGAAUGAACUACAACUUUGUGAAGUUCCAUGGGUAAAAAAUACUUGCAGGUUUCAAAGCUCACUGGACAAACUAGUUGAAAUACUAGAUCCAACCUUUUUUGUUUCUAGAGUGUAUAUGUAUCCUCUUGGUGUUUGCACUGGAAUGGGAAGAUUCUGUAGAUAUAUUUAUGUUGUUUAUGCUUGUAUUUUGCCAGGGAAACGAACAGGCAGAGCCUGUGAGAGUGAAGGAGAGGACGAGAGGGUUCCUAGCACUUAGGCCUCCAGGGAUUCUGUGAUGUGGAAGGGCAUGCCUGGGAUCAGGUCCUGCAGGCAGGAAUUUCCAGGGACUUCCCUUUGCUUUUUGACACAGCUUUUAGGGAAAGGAGGUGGCUGGGUUUGUUAGUAGUAGAAGGCCAGUUCCAUUAGAGCCCAUGGAUUGGCCUUCUGUGGUGCUGUUGUCUCAAGGUACAUACUAGCUCAACAAUCCUGCCUACACAGGUGAAUCUACCUGCUCUUUUCAAGGAUCUGCUCCCUAACUGCUUUUCCAUUGUCAUGCUUUGCACCAGCCAGCCUUCAGGGAGAUUGCUGCUACAAAGGACUUUGUGGAUCAGUGACAUUUCUUUGCCAGGGAAAAGGUACCAUCAACCUGCAAUUCUGUGCCUAAGUGGCAACUAUAACCUGGCUUGAUCUGGGUUUGGUGCAUUCAGCAAAGCACUCAAAAGACAUAGUGAUGUGGCAAAUGGGAUGUAUUAGACCAGUGGUUCUCAACCUGUGGGUGCCCAGAUGUUUUGGCUUACAACUCCCAGGAAUCCCAGCCAGUUUACCAGCUGUUAGGUUUUCUGGGAAUUGAAGGCCACAGGUUGAGAACCACUGUAUUAAGACUGAUGACUCAAAUGGUAGCCAAUUGAUGCUUUUGGGCUUCAGCUUGUAUGAUCCCUCACCAAUGAUUCUGCUGGCUAAGCCUACUGGGAAUUACAGUCUGACAGGUGGAGGACCACAACUGGGGUAGUCACAUGGUUACCAAGACAUGUCUUUCCAAGGUACUAUCUGGUCCUCAAACUCUGCCCUAUUAUGAGUUGGUUCAUGUAAAGAUUCACAUUGCCACUUGGCUUGUGCCCGCAGUUGCUUGCCUACUCCAGGCAAAUACACAUUUCAUCUAGAACAAAUUGCUCGAAGGGUGCAUAGGGUCUAAUUGAGCCAAAAGCCUAUGCAGAGAGAACAGGACCAUGAAGAAGUCUGAAGUGCAGACUUUCAGAAGGAGCAAAUGGUCACUGGGGCCCCUUCUACACUGCCAUAUAAUCCAAUUAAGCAGAUAAUCCAUAUUAUUUACUUUGAAUUGGAUUAUCAGAAUUUGCACUGCCAUAUAACCCAGUUCAAAGCAAAUAAUCUGGAUUAUAUAUGGUAGUGGAGAAGGGGCCUGAGGCAGUGCAGGUGAGCUGGUAUUUCAGCCCCUUGUGCUGCCUGGGUGCCAUAAGUCUUGCUGCUCAAUCAAGUCUGCUCUACUGAAAAAUUGGGAAGGUAGCAGCCAUUCAUGUCUUCCUAGCAACUACUUAGGCUUUGUUAUAUGAUAAUGCAGAGGAAAGCAGAUUAGAAAUGUUCUUUUCACUAUGGUCUUUACAAGGCACAACCUUUUCCAUAAGAUAUAACUACCUGCAAUGUGAACCAGCCACAACUGUUUAUGAGGAGACCCAAUGAGAGUACACAUACAAUACCUCACCUCUGAGGAUGCUUGCCACAGAUGCAGGCAAAACGUCAGGAGAAAUGCCUCUAGAACAUCGCCAUAUAGCCCGAAAAAACCCACAAGAACUGAGAGACACAUACAAUAGUUGGGCCUUUGUUAUUUUCCUGCAUGGUUCAAACUACAUCGCCGCCAUCUCAACUUUGCUGGCUUGCAAUGUGCUCACUAAUACACUCGGCACAUCUUUUUUUAAAAAAUACAUCAAAAUGUAUCUUUUUUCCUCAUAAGAACAAAAAGCAGAAUCAUUUUUAAUCUAGUGUAAAUAUAAUCUGGCCAGUUUGUAUUAUGGAUAUCUUCUAUUAUAAACAUACACCCCCCCCCCCCAAUUCUUGCUGUAGUCAACCCAUCUACAUACACCAUGCCUAGUACUUUGAUUUAAAUAGUAUCUUUAUGGCGAGGUAGGCAAUUUUCAGAUGUUUUCGAACUGCAACUCCCUUGAUCUCUCCUCAUUGGCUGUGCUAACUAACCCAGAUGAUACAUGUAGGAAAAACAAUUGACUGGCCACAUUUGUCCAUCUCUACCAUAAAGGAACACAAAACUAAACAUGAAUGUCAGUCUCUGAGAGGGAAAGGAAGCAGCAGCAAGUAAAGAAGGCUAUCAUUUUCUAGCUUCCAACAAGACGUAAGAGACAUGGACCAAACUGUUAAAAUAUAAGAAGUUUUCAUUCUAUGCUAAGCAUACAUGAGACAUGUGUUCAUAAUCUGCAAUCAAAAACAAUGUGUACUGCUUACACAUUAUUUUUUCUAAAACUUGUUUUGAAUGCAAAACAGUCACUGACACCAACUUCAACUGAAAGCAUGGAAAGAGAUGUAGAUUAUGAGAACAGUGUAAAAUAUAAAAUAGAAAGAGGUAACAACCUAUAACAUAACAGGACAAGGCUUUUUACAUAUUAUUGGUUUUUUGUUUAGGAUGUGAUAGUGCAUUCCAGAUAAUCUCUGAACAGAACAACCUGUUUUCAUUCCAAUGCUGAAGUCUGUUUGGACACAUUAUUGUAAACUCUACUUUUAUAUUAUGUCAAAUUGUAAUGCUGGUUUCCCAUGUCAGGUAAAGAGCUAGAUUGGCUACAUAUUGCUAGAUCUAAGUAUUUCAUUUAUAUAAAUACAUUUCUUACAAGUU